AUGGCAGGAAAUACCGAUAAAAGCACUCAAUCCGCUGGCCCUAGCCAGGACGCACGGUCCGAGUCGGAACAUCAGGCUGUAUCCAAACUAGAUAUUGCAGCACGAUGUGAAGCUCAGAUAGCAGCCGCGAUGAAACGUGCCAUACGCGAUACAUAUGAGGAGCCGCCUGGCGGAUAUGAUCGGAAAUAUGGUUUUGAGAAACUAGGCGCGAUAUCACGUAAGAUUCGCGACAGCUCCGGCCUUGACUUGUCUACCAUUUGUGCCAUGAUUGCCAAUGAAGGACAAUUUAAAGUGGUUAUCGAAGUUGAGAAGAUCCGCGUCAAGUAUGGUGGUAGAGGAUUCAACCUUGAGCCGAAACCUAAUACAGGUCGUAUCAGGAUUUGCAUUAUGUCGCCAAAAUCCACACUGCAGCCUGAGACGGGAGACAGCCACGAUACUAUGCCGCAGGCCAAGGAUGCAGCCACUACAACUACGAUGGCGGGCGAUGGAGUUAAAGCAGAGGCCGAGCCGGCAAGCAAACAGCCAAUAGGUGCUCCGGACUUGGUCAGUCAAUUAGAGGCUCUAAUUGAGGCUGAAAAAUUGAAUGUUCGAAACUUGCAGGCUGCACUGGAGGCUCUAAAAAUAGAUGCUCCGUACUUGUUCCGUCAAAUAGAGGCUCAAAUAGAGGCUCAAAUACAGGCUCUAAUAGCGAUUAAGGCUCUAACAGAGGCUCAAAAAAUGGGGGCUCAAAUACAGGCUCGAGAAUGGGCUGAGCUCAAGGCAAAAAAUGCCAAAGUAGCAGCAAUGUCAAGGGCCAACAUCAUCCAAUUAGAAAGACUUGAUUAUCUUCUUAGCGUUGCAUCUAAAUAG